AUGUUCCCAACUUUACGACGUGCUUAUACAGUGGCAAAGACUGGUAGAUGUAACUUACCUCUUGCUAAUGGCCCUGUUUCCUUAGUUUCAGAACAAUUUGUUACCAAACAAUUUGUACAAAAAGAUCCAAGAACAAUUCUUUUCCUUCAUGGAUUUCUUGGAUCAAAAAAGAAUUAUAGAUCAAUUGGGAAGAAAUUAAGUAGAGAACUUGGGUUUAAUGUGAUUGGCUUAGACAUGAGGAACCAUGGUGAGUCCCCCAAGGCACUCCCAUUGAAUUAUGAGACCAUGGCCAAAGAUGUAGAGCAAUACCUUGAUACCAAUAAAUUGAGUAAACUUGUAGUAGUUGGACAUUCAAUGGGGGCCAAAGUAGCCAUGGUAUUAGCCUUGAAAAGACCAGAAUUGAUUGACUCAUUGGUGGUGGUUGAUAACAUGCCCGCAUAUACUCCAUUGGAUCCAUCCUUUAGAAGAAAUUUGAAAGCUUUACAAGAAAUCGAACAAGAUAAAAUCUCAUCUAAAUUGAAUGGUCGAAUAAUUCAAAAUGAAGUACAAGAUAUUUUAACUAAACAUGGGAUAGAACCAAUGGUUCAAACAUUCCUAUUAUCAAAUAUGGUGAAAGGUAAAGAUGUGAUUACAUUCCAAAAUCCAAAUACUUGCUUUAUCGAACAUGAUGCAAUUGAAAUAGUCAGUCAAUGGCCGAAAAGGGAGACCUUGGGUCAGAAAUAUCGAGGUCCAGUGUUGGUGAUAAGGAGUACUCAAUCCGGGUUUAUUAGCUCUAUUGAGCUGUUUGAUGAUUAUUUCGAAUCAGUGAAAGUUAUUGAUUUUGACACUGGUCAUUACAUUAUUACAGAAAAGAGUAAGGAAUUUACAGACACAUUAAUUGAAUUUAUAAAGUGA